AUGCUUCUACGCUCCGCCCGGAUAAAUAUGCUGACGUAAGUAGUAAACUAACUGGCGACAAUUGCAUUUCAUUUCAAUUUGGAUUAGAUCAGAUACAAUUUGAUGUUAUUUGUAUUAUUAUAAAACUUGACCAAGAUAAAGUUCGAAAAAGAUUUUUAAAAAUGAUGAAUUAGAAAAUAAAGCUUUCGAGUUAUAUAGUCUGCCUCUGCGCCUGGAAAGCCCGUCAAUUACUAAGAAAGAGAAAGAAUAAGAGCAUGUGGAUAACUAGCUUUGAUUUUAUACGACAGCUGUAAUAACUCACCCGCGAAAGCUGAGUUUUCGAAAGACUUUUAAUGAAUAAAUGUCACUAAAGAGAGAGACUAGAGUUCAUUCAUGCACUCUAGGAACUUAUACUCAUGAAGGUCCGUGGUUAAAUAGAUCAACUGGUAAAUGCACAAGUAUGUAAAACAAGUCUCAUACGUUCGAAUCUAACCUAUUUCUCUCCCUCUAUAUAUCUAUAUAUAUAAAGAAGAAAGUUUGUUUGUAUGUUUGUUUGUUUGUUUGUUUGUUCUCUAUGCAUUCAGUCCCUGUAAGAGCUAAAGCAGCCAAAAUUUGCAUGGCACACCCUUGGAUCCAGGGGAAGGUCAAGAGGGGGUCGGCGAG